UGCAGUGGAAGGAAGAGAGAGGAGGUCGGGCGGAUGGGUAGUUUUUUGUUUGUUUUCCUCCUCCUUCGUUCCGACCCAAAGAAAUGUGUGCUCCGCCUCACUGCCUUUCUCAUGCUGCCUGCCUGCCUGCCUGCCUGCCUGCCGGCCUGCCACCUGACUGCUGCCUUCACUUCAUUUCUCUUCUCUUCUUUUGCAGAGGAUGAAGUCACAGCGUUGUGGCGGGAAACAGGCAUAUAAGGCUAUAAAACUGGAUUGACAAGUUGUGGUCUUUGACAAGUUGUGGUCUUUGACAAGUUGUGGUUUUUGGGCGAGGGCGAGGGCUGCCCUGUUUGUCAGUUGGAAAUGAAACCAAGAAGAGCCUACAUACUCUGGCUGGCACUAUGCCUGCUUGCCCUGCUCAGCCUAUACCAGUACGUCUAUUUGCAGAACAUCAAUCUGCCAAAGUGGAGAGGAAGCAACAGCCACCACCGCGGUCGGCUUCGUAACGUCUCUAUCUUGCUGUGGCACUGGCCUUUCCGCCGCGCCUACCCGCUGCAGGGUGACGUGUGUCUGAACAUGUACAGCAUCCCCCACUGCUUCAUCACGGACGACCGUUCGCUCUUUGACCAGGCGGACGUCGUGGUUUUCCACCACCACGAGCUACAGAUAUCCAGUCAAAAACUCCCGCUUCAUCUGCCCCGCCCACCCAGCCAGAAGUGGGUGUGGCUGUCUCUCGAACCCCCGGCAGUGAACAGGGACCUCACCAAGAUCAACCACCUCUUCAACUUGACCAUGAGCUACCGACGGGACGCGGACAUCCCCAUGCCAUACGGGAGAAUGGUUCCACGACCACAGAGGAUAGACCCACACGGGGAGAAAAAGCCCCUUCACAGUUUCGUCGUUCCCUGGGAGAACCACACGUGCCUGGCCAGCUGGGUCGUCAGCAACUUCAAGCGUCACCACCGGAGGUCUCACGUCUACCUGGAGCUACGCAAACACAUUCCCAUCAACGUCUACGGCGCGGCGAACAAGAAGCGUCUGGCUACCGAUCAACUGCUGCCCACCGUCGGCCGGUGCCACUUCUACCUGGCCUUCGAGAACUCCGUCUCCAGGGACUACAUCACGGAGAAGCUGUGGAGGAACAGCUUUCAGGCGGCCAACGUGCCUGUGGUCCUGGGCCCGCCGCGGUCCAACUACGAGGCCUUCGUGCCCCGUGACUCCUUCAUCCACGUGGAUGACUUUGGCAGCGCCAAGGAGCUGGGCUCCUUUCUGAAGAGGCUGGCCGCCAACAGGACCCACUACGAGUCGUACUUCAGGUGGCGUGAGAAGUACGACGUCCACGUGCCCUCCGACUGGAGGGAGAGGCUAUGCCAUAUCUGCAAACGCUACAACGAGCUACCUCCGUUCAAGGUGUACCACGACUUACAUGGCUGGGCCAAGAAGGAAUAAAAAUGAAACACUCACGAAUGGUAAAUGGCCUAAAUUGACUGCAUUUAUAAUCCCCGUGUAACAGACGCCAACUAGCAGAGUGUCGUGGAACGUUAGCAAACCUCCCUCCCGACGCCUCAUACAGUAUCAGUAGGCUAGUGCUCCGCUGAGCUAUUGGACUGGUCCUUUACGAUACUAGGGACACAUAGACGCAAAUUUGGCCAACAUAGACAUACACAGGACUGACAUUUGCAGACUGACAUCAAGUGCACGACCGGACAAGUAACAGUGAUGGUCCAAUACCAGUAAAGUGAUGAAGUAAUAAAUAAUACUGAACAUUUAACAUUGGUGAGUGACAGUGAUGGACCAGUGAUAACCAGUAACAAUAGUGUAAUAAAUAAUAUGUGUGUUCCCUAAAAUGACUGUGCAUAAUGUGCAGCAAUUUAUGCCCUGAAGCCAAACUGGUGG